GCACCUUAAGGGCCGGGCGGGGCCGGGGCCAGAGCUCGAGGACCGGCGAGGCGCGGGCAGAGGGUCCGGGCGCGGGAUUGGAAUCGGGACCCCGAGCGGGACAGGAGCGGAAGCCAUGGCGCCGUCCGGGCCGGCGAGGCCGCCGCCGCCGCUGCUGCUGCUGGUGCUGCUGGCGGGUGCGGCGCGGGCUGCCCUGCACUUCCGCCCGGCCCAGGGCUGCUACCGGCCCCUGCGCGGGGACCAGCUGUCCAACCUGGGGCGCAGGACAUACCCACGGCCUCACGAGUACCUGUCCCCGUCGGACCUGCCCAAGAGCUGGGACUGGCGCAACGUGAACGGGGUCAACUACGCCAGCGUCACCAGGAACCAGCACAUCCCCCAGUACUGCGGCUCCUGCUGGGCCCAUGGCAGCACCAGCGCCAUGGCGGAUCGCAUCAACAUCAAGAGGAAGGGGGCGUGGCCCUCCACCCUCCUGUCGGUGCAGCACGUCCUGGACUGCGCCGAGGCGGGCUCCUGCGAGGGCGGCAACGACAUGGAGGUGUGGGCCUACGCGCACAAGCACGGCAUCCCCGAUGAGACCUGCAACAACUACCAGGCCAAGGACCAGGAGUGCAACAAGUUCAACCAGUGCGGCACGUGCACGGAGUUCAAGGAGUGCCAGCCCAUCCAGAACUACACCCUCUGGAGGGUGGGCGACCACGGCUCGGUCUCCGGGCGGGAGAAGAUGAUGGCGGAGAUCUACGCCAACGGCCCCAUCAGCUGCGGCAUAAUGGCCACGGAGCAGAUGGUCCGGUACACGGGCGGCAUCUACGCGGAGUACCAGGAGCAGAGGUACAUCAACCACAUCGUGUCCGUGGCGGGCUGGGGUGUCAGCGACGGCACCGAGUACUGGAUCGUCCGGAACUCGUGGGGUGAACCGUGGGGCGAGCGGGGCUGGAUGCGGAUCGUGACCAGCACCUACAAGGACGGGAAGGGGGCGGACUACAACCUCGCCGUCGAGGACUCCUGCACCUUCGGGGACCCCAUCGUCUAAGGCAGGUGUCUGGGACGCGCAGUUCUUCGGGGAAUAUCGUGAACUGUGGCCAGAGGACCCUCCCGUUCCGGGGCCUGGGCUGGCGCUGCCUCGUGCUGUGACCCGGAUGAGCUGAGGGCGGGGGCACCGGGCACCCGGAGAGGGGCCUGGCUGGUGGCGGCGGCUCAAGUCGCCCCGUGCCGAACGAACACGGGACUCGAGGGAGAAGGGGCCUGAGCCUCGCUCACACGCACAACACCACACAGCACCCGGGUGGGGCUAACCCAACGGAAGGGCUUUAUUGUUCCUGGAAAAUUAAAGCAAUUACAUAAAACCUCCACCAGUCAGGUU